CUCUUACUUCGUUCCCAUUGCUUAUUGAUAUCCCUGCAAUCGUCGUUAUCACCUUUUCCUUCUUUCAUCCUGCCUUCCCCACUUGAUCAGCACUAUGACCAAGUCCAUCUUUGCCUAUCCCGAGCUAUGCUAUGCGCUUGCCAAACACUUGCCCCACUCGAGCCUGGCCGCCUGUCUACUGAUCAACCGAUCCUUUUAUAGCACCUUCCUGCCAUAUCUGUACAGUUCCAUCGAGGUGCACGAUUUCCGGCGCUACCUUCCAGAUCCGACGCCAGCAGCACCGAAAGAGGACAACGACAAAACCUACGAGAGGUUCCCUGCAGAGCCCGCCACAGAAUUGAUCAACUCUCGCUCCUUGUUCUUUAACGAGAAGCUGACGUACAAAGAAGGAAUGCGGUGGAAUCAAGUCGACGAAUUCUACUACUACGACAACGAUGGCGAUGAGGGUGUCAAUGAGGUUGGCGACGAAGAAAUAUCACCGAGCGAACGCAAAGCAACUUUCGCAGGCCUAGUCCAGGCAAGCAUCCUUCUUCAAGUCGUGCAGUCCUGUCCCAACCUCAAGUCUUUGGAGAUCCAUGGCCUGAACCCCGCUUCGCCUCCUCGCCCACAUUACGGAACGUGUGGACAGGCGGCAAUAGGGCGGCGGAAAUAUCUCAAUAAACAAGAGUCCCAAGACAAGGCCAUUGCCAUUAUCAUCAAGGAGGCUGCCGCAUGCUGUAGCCAAGCAAAAGACGCGGAGUCGGAUCACCUGGGACCCUAUGCUGGUCUGCUACCCUUACGAAACAAGGCUCCAACGACGACGGCGGCGGCAGUGGCAGCGACAGCAGCGACAGCAACAGUAUCAACGGCAACAGCAACAGAGACAGCAGUAGCUGCCGUAGCUGACAACACGGCUUUUGGAAUCACGACAGAACCGCCUCAGUGCGCAUGUUCGAACACACUUCAGACACUUCGCAUCGGUGUUAGCAAUGCCAGCGUGGACCCGACGUACGAUGACAGUUGGUACGGGCAUAGAUCCGGUUAUCAGUCGUGGAUUUAUGCUGCACAGAUAACGUGGAUGCACGACGAUCCCGAGAAUCCCAUGGUCCACAAGCACUUUCCUGAGGCUCUGCACUGGUUCUAUGACUAUAUCGCAAUAUUUCCAUGUCUGCGGGAGCUGUGUCUUGAGAGUGUCGCUCCCUUGUACCAUAAAUCCCAAUCAUUGGACCUGGCUUCGAGCUCUGGACUGGAUAGGUGGGCGACGCUGAAGGCAUUGGAGGUACUGGACAUCGAGAAGCUGGACCACGCGGUGGGAGUGGACGAGGUGCAAUGGAUGGUCAAGAACUGGCCAGCGCUGAGAGAGGUCCGCGGAUUGGUCUAUGCUACAGACGAGAUUCCUUCGGAUGCUGCUCUUUGGCUACAGAGCACUCGACCGGACAUUGCGCUGCCGGUGUCGACGAUUUCAAGGCCAAGCCAACAAGAGCUGUAGUAGAGUGGCAUAGACGACACUGGGGAUGCAUAUCUCUAUCAAUAUUGAAACUGACAUAUUUAUUUUUUA